AUGCAUGCUCCUGUCUGCAGAAUGAAAACCUUUCAUGGGACAGACGUAGAGAAAUGCGCACAGGCAUACUGGGCCUCAAAGCAGCAAGAUGUCACAGUGAAGGACUGCGAGUUUGGCACAACCUUUGCGUCCAGCAGAAUAUACACCAGGUGCAAGCUAGGAAGUAUCUUAGUCAUUUCAGUGCCCCCACACAAGAUGCAUCCAUUCCCUGUUGAGUCAGACAUUGUGCUGUUCCGCCCCAUGCAUGCAGCAAUUGCUGCUUUGAUCGAUGCAGAGAGGUUUGAAAUGAUUCCUUUCACCAGGAUAUUCCAUUUGUACUAUGUAGAUGCAUCUGGGGAGGUAAAAAUACCAAAUAGCCGCGAGGAAAUGGCCUUCUGCAAAGGAAUUGUUCCAGAAGAUAAGCUAUGCAUAUAUAGAAUGGGAAUGGAGUCUUUUGAAGAGAACUUUGCAUCUCUCACAAAGCAGACAAAGAAAAUGCUCCUUGGAGUGUUUGGGACCAUGCAAGGAGUUAAGGAGUAUUUGGCGCACUUUGGAGGACCGCAGUAUCUAUUCCCUGCGUGCCCGUUCAGCAAAGUCUCUGAGGCUCUUCUGAUGUCGCAUGCAAGUAUUACUAUUAAGGUAGAGAAGCCUGCAGACAGAUCGCAGAAGAAAAAGGAUCCUGCCUCUGGGACGCACUCUAAUUCGCCAAGCCAUGCAGCUAAAGACAGCCAGAAAGAUGAAAAAGAUGCACUAUCCAGUGAUACCACUAAGAGUAGUACCUGUAGUCCAUCUGACAGCAGACCAGAGGCUGUCUUAGAGAGUGAUCCAAAGACAUCUUCUCAAAGUAUACCAGAAAAUGCAGAUUCAGAUGACUUGCACGGUAAAUGCACGGGUGCCAGUAGCAAAGAACACUCUUCUUGUUCUGAAGAGCAUCAGAAUAAACCCACAUAUUAUAAAGUAAUUGUUCUUAAACUGCCAGUGGCCUGUAUUCCUUCUAAGUAUGUUUAUGCGCAAAAUGAGGGCAUUGUUCAUGUGCUGCACGUUAAACUGUAUGGUCUUCUAUAUUGCUACAUCUGGUCAGAUAAGCCCCUAGAGACAAAGAUCCUUCGGGCAGUUGGAAUAUCUGAAAGAAAUAUUCUUUUCCACUGUGAAUUUACAGCUUGCAAAUAA